CGUGCCGCGGCAGCCGCUGGGGUGAGGCCACCGUCGCGGCACUGGCUGGUUGAGACUGUGGCUGUGGGAGGUGCCGGGGUGAUGGCGGUGGAGACGCUGUCCCCGGACUGGGAGUUUGACCGCGUUGACGACGGCUCUCAGAAAAUUCAUGCUGAAGUUCAACUUAAGAAUUAUGGGAAAUUUCUUGAGGAGUAUACAUCUCAGUUGAGAAGAAUUGAGGAUGCGCUGGACGACUCUAUUGGAGAUGUUUGGGAUUUCAAUCUUGAUCCUAUAGCAUUGAAGCUUUUGCCUUAUGAGCAGUCUUCCCUUUUGGAACUCAUAAAGACUGAAAACAAGGUCUUGAACAAAGUCAUCACUGUUUAUGCUGCACUUUGUUGUGAAAUCAAGAAAUUAAAAUAUGAGGCUGAAACCAAAUUUUACAAUGGUCUCUUGUUUUAUGGAGAAGGAGCUACAGAUUCCAGCAUGGUGGAAGGCGAUUGCCAAAUUCAAAUGGGGAGAUUUAUUUCAUUCUUACAGGAACUGUCUUGUUUUGUUACCAGGUGCUAUGAAGUGGUCAUGAAUGUGGUCCAUCAGUUGGCUGCCCUCUAUAUCAGUAACAAAAUUGCCCCCAAAAUUAUAGAGACAACUGGAGUUCAUUUUCAGACUAUGUAUGAGCACUUGGGAGAACUGCUUACAGUUUUACUCACCCUGGAUGAAAUUAUUGAUAAUCAUAUCACACUGAAAGACCACUGGACUAUGUAUAAAAGGUUACUGAAAUCUGUCCAUCAUAAUCCUUCAAAAUUUGGAAUUCAGGAAGAAAAACUAAAACCAUUUGAAAAGUUCUUACUGAAGCUAGAAGGGCAGUUACUUGAUGGAAUGAUAUUCCAGGCUUGUAUAGAACAGCAGUUUGAUUCUCUCAAUGGAGGAGUAUCUGUGUCAAAAAAUAGCACUUUUGCUGAGGAAUUUGCACAUAGUAUUCGCUCGAUUUUUGCAAAUGUAGAAGCCAAACUUGGAGAACCUUCUGAAAUCGACCAGAGAGACAAAUAUGUUGGAAUUUGUGGACUCUUUGUAUUGCACUUUCAAAUUUUUCGAACUGUUGAUAAAAAGUUUUAUAAGUCUUUGUUGGAUAUUUGUAAGAAGGUACCAGCCAUCACUCUAACUGCUAAUAUUAUUUGGUUUCCUGAUAAUUUUCUGAUCCAGAAAAUACCAGCAGCUGCCAAACUUCUAGACAGAAAAAGUCUUCAAGCCAUUAAGAUACACAGGGAUACUUUCCUACAACAGAAAGCUCAAUCACUUACCAAAGAUGUACAGUCUUACUACGUCUUUGUGAGCUCAUGGAUGAUGAAAAUGGAAUCUAUUUUAUCUAAGGAACAGAGAAUGGAUAAAUUUGCUGAAGACCUAACCAAUAGAUGUAAUGUUUUUAUACAGGGCUUCUUAUACGCAUAUGGUAUUAGUACCAUUAUUAAAACAACAAUGAAUCUCUAUAUGUCCAUGCAAAAGCCAAUGACCAAGACCUCAGUUAAGGCAUUGUGCAGGCUCGUUGAACUUCUCAAGGCAAUAGAGCAUAUGUUCUACAGAAGAAGCAUGGUUGUGGCUGAUUCAGUUUCACAUAUAACACAGCACCUGCAGCAUCAGGCUCUUAAUUCUAUUUCUGUGGCCAAGAAAAGAGUAAUUUCUGACAAAAAAUACAGUGAACAGCGUCUUGAUGUGCUCUCUGCUCUAGUAUUAGCUGAAAACACACUGAAUGGACCAAGCACAAAGCAACGACGACUUAUUGUUUCUUUGGCAUUAAGCGUUGGGACACAAAUGAAAACAUUUAAAGAUGAAGAACUCUUUCCUCUUCAAGUAGUCAUGAAAAAACUGGAUCUUAUCAGUGAACUUAGAGAACGAGUCCAAACACAAUGUGAUUGUUGUUUUUUAUACUGGCAUCGAGCUGUCUUCCCAAUUUACUUAGAUGAUGUGUAUGAAAAUGCUGUCGAUGCAGCCAGAUUACAUUAUAUGUUCUGUGCUUUACGAGACUGUGUACCUGCUAUGAUGCAUUCAAGGCAUUUAGAGUCCUAUGAGAUACUUCUGGAUUGCUAUGACAAGGAAAUUAUGGAAAUUUUAAAUGAGCAUUUGCUGGACAAAUUGUGCAAAGAAAUAGAGAAGGAUCUGCGACUUUCUGUGCAUACUCAUCUAAAGCUGGAUGACCGAAACCCUUUCAAAGUUGGCAUGAAAGACCUGGCCCUUUUUUUCUCUCUGAAUCCAAUUCGAUUUUUCAAUCGUUUUAUUGACAUUCGAGCUUAUGUAACUCACUAUCUAGACAAGACUUUCUACAAUCUAACAACAGUAGCUCUUCAUGACUGGGCCACUUAUAGUGAAAUGAGAAAUUUGGCUACUCAGCGUUAUGGAUUAGUUAUGACAGAGGCACAUCUUCCUAGUCAGACUUUGGAACAGGGCCUUGAUGUUUUGGAAAUUAUGAGAAACAUUCAUAUAUUUGUGUCUCGAUACCUCUAUAAUCUCAACAAUCAGAUUUUCAUUGAACGAACAAGCAAUAACAAACAUUUGAAUACUAUUAACAUUCGGCAUAUUGCUAAUUCAAUUCGAACACAUGGCACAGGAAUCAUGAAUACAACAGUUAAUUUCACCUACCAGUUUUUGAAAAAGAAGUUUUAUAUAUUUAGUCAGUUUAUGUAUGAUGAACAUAUCAAAUCCAGAUUGAUAAAAGAUAUUCGGUUUUUCAGGGAAAUCAAGGACCAAAAUGAUCAUAAGUAUCCUUUUGAUAGAGCAGAAAAAUUCAAUAGAGGCAUCAGAAAACUUGGAAUAACACCAGAGGGACAGAGCUAUCUUGAUCAGUUCAGGCAACUCAUUAGCCAGAUUGGUAAUGCUAUGGGCUAUGUACGAAUGAUAAGAUCUGGUGGCCUUCAUUGUAGCAGCAAUGCCAUUAGAUUUGUGCCUGAUCUUGAAGAUAUUGUAAAUUUUGAAGAACUAGUAAAAGAAGAAGGUCUUGCAGAAGAAACAUUAAAAGCAGCAAGGCAUUUGGAUUCAGUCCUCAGUGAUCACACACGAAAUUCUGCAGAAGGCACAGAAUAUUUCAAAAUGCUUGUAGAUGUUUUUGCUCCAGAAUUUCGAAGGCCAAAGAACAUACAUCUCCGAAAUUUCUAUAUCAUUGUUCCCCCUCUGACCCUCAACUUUGUAGAGCAUUCCAUUAGUUGCAAGGAGAAAUUGAAUAAAAAAAAUAAAAUUGGGGCUGCCUUUACUGAUGAUGGCUUCGCCAUGGUUUUGCUAAUGACUAUAGGUGUGGCUUACAUUCUAAAGCUUUUGGAUCAGUACCAGGAGUUUGACUCACUUCACUGGUUCCAGUCUGUUAGAGAGAAAUACCUGAAGGAGAUAAGGGCAGUUGCUAAGCAACAGAAUGUGCAGUCAACUAGUCAAGAUGAGAAACUGCUGCAAACCAUGAAUCUCACCCAGAAGCGACUGGAUGUCUAUCUACAGGAAUUUGAAUUGCUAUAUUUCUCACUGAGCAGUGCAAGAAUUUUCUUCAGAGCAGACAAGACUGCAGCUGAAGAAAACCAAGAAAAGAAAGAGAAAGAAGAAACUAAAACAAGCAAUGGAGACCUGUCUGACAGCACUGCAUCUGCUGAUCCUGUUGUGAAAUGGUGCUGAUGGUAUGCUGUGCCUACAUGAAAUCAUCAGAAUUGUGAUUAAAACUUUUGUCAAUGAAAUGGAUUUCAUAAGCUGUUGAUGAAUUCUUUCCUGGGUCACAUCUCUGGAAUAUAUGUAUGUACUUAGAUAUUUCAACUCUUCAAGGCAGUGCUCUAAAGUUAAGUCCAUUCUGUUUCCAAAGGCUCUACUUUUCAACAGUUGAGAAUGAGAUUUUAAAUUCAGUUUUUGCCUGGACUUUAGGCUAGGGGACAUUUCUAUGAACAGUUAUUUGAAAGGAAGUUACAGAAGGGGAAAUCCAGAUUCGUAAACUAUCACCUCAGGUCUCUUGUAAUUUACAUGAGUGGUGGUAAGUUUUAUUUGCGUAGGUCUUUGACUCCUGUUUAUCUCAAGUCUUUGGACUUUGAGAUAAAGUCCUGUUUGAUUCCUGUUUAUCUCAAGUGCAUAUACCAUAUACAGCCAGUAAAUAUGUGCUUAAGAAAGGAAUUGAGCCUGAGGUUUAUGAAGCAUACUUAUCAAUAUUCUCACAAAAAGACUAUAUGAAGAUGGCUUUGAUACUACAUGUGAGACACGGGUGUGUUGUACCCUUUGUGUACAGUAUAACUGAUGAUCAUUUACUCACUGUUAAUUUCAUGUGACUCACAAGAGCUGCUGAUGUCUUUGAUAAGACAUUUUAUAACUAGUUUACAUUGCUUUGAGAACAUUUAACCUCCAACAACUGCUUUAAAUUUAAGAUUACUUAAUACUCAAAGAAAAUUCAGAUAAAGCCAUAGAGUCCUGUUUGAAACUCCAUUUCUUUUCUGGUUGGUUGAAGGGACUGUACAUGAUACCAGGAAAAAAAAAAAAAAAUUAUUCCCACAUCCAAACUCAGGUUUCUUCUACAUUGGGUUGAACUGAAAUCUUGGAGAUGGUUUGGGCAGACUUUUUCUUUAUAUCAAGUAUAAUUUAAGACAUCAGAUUAAAUAAUAAUUGUACUAUUCAGGCUUUAAAAAAAAUUACCACUGUGAGAAUAAAGCUCUUAUAAUAUGAAUCACUUACUGAUUUAAAAAGUACAGAAAGAUUUUGAGUAAAUUUAGCUCCUAGCAAGCUAUUAGCUUUAUUUUUGUAAAGGUAUGUCAGUUAUUAGUUAAAUAAUUAAUCUUUUAAAAAAUAUAAUGAUACCUUUACAAUGAAUACAAGAGUUUACAACUUGAACUCUAAUACAAACAUCAUUUUGGGAAAUGCUUGAUUUUUCUAUUGCACUUCCCCACUAAACAUUUCUUUGGAUAAAUCCUACGAGUAAUUCUAACAUCGUUCUUCCAUUCUGCUUUUGGAAUGGGUAUAUGAUACCCUGUCUCUCCUUGUUGGUUAGAGUCAGGGUAACCUUCCCAGCCUGUGAUAAACACUUUCACUGUUAAAAGUCAGAAGAAGCAGAAUAUGUAGGAAAUGUUUUUUGUUUAUUAUGUAAACAUGGCUUACAGGCUUACAGACUUACGGGCAAUGAAUGGAUUAAAGGCAAUUAAUAUUUGUAAUUCAUACUAACUGUAGAAAUGGCCCUAAAGCAUGCUGCAUAAUUAAUAAUUUAUAUUUUCAUUAUUGUAAAUGUUUAUAUUAAUGAUCUUGCAUUUGAUUAUAUCAAAUUAGUCACUAUUUCAUAGCAACAGCAUUGUUUUCUCUGUUUUUCUAACUUCCCUGAAAUCUGCUUUAAUAGGGAUAGAAAUUGUGAUUAAAAGAGAAUCGAAUGUUUUCCAUUCAUUGUCCCCACACAUGUAAAUUAAUUAUUUAUCAGUACUAGAUAGUCACAUGCUGACUCUCUGGAUAUCUAGAAUUGAGAAGAGAGUGAUGGAUUAUUAUUUUGCCAUUAGUUCAAAAUAAUAUCACUACUGUCUGGAUAAGUUAUAAAUUCAUAUAUUUGAAAUAAGAUCUUAGAAACGAUUAAGUACUUAAAUGGUAUUAAACCACAGAGCAACAGGGCUUCAGUGUAUUCCUACCUAAGUGCAGACAUGCAUUUGGAUGAUGGUUUUCCUUGCUAACAUAUUAAUGUUAAUAUUUUAAUUUUUUUCAAACAUACUAUAAUUUAAAAAUUGUAAGCAUUUGUUAAGUUCACAGAAAAUUUAAUGAUGUUCAAAUUCUCAGGAAUUAAGGACUAACCAUAACAUUGUCAGCUCAAAUUAAAUUUUGUAAAAGAUGACAAGUUUGUUACCUCACUUGAGUGGGGCUUUCCCCUCCCCCCCAGUUCUGAGAGAAUACAGUAUGUAUAAUAAAAUGUUAAUAAAUAUAAUUUCAAAAUUU